AAACUCAAAUACUAUCUAACUUACAACAAGAUGAUCUUUCUUUUGAAAAUGAUUUUGAUAAAUUUAUUGUACAACAAAGGUCAAAACCAAAUAUAGCAACAUUUUUUAAAUCUUCGGAAUCUCAAAUUUCUAUUAUUUCUUCUGAGUUUGAUAAUUAUUUAUCAAUUACUGAAAUUUAUAUUUCUACUCAUGAAGAAUUUAACUCUAUUAACUAG